UUCAUGAUGCUGUGCUGGUAAGAGGAAAUGCUGGGCCACUGGCCUGAGAAGAAAUUAUGUUUUUCACCUGCUACUGAGCAGAGCAGCUCUGUGCCAUCCAAUGUGUGGGACCAAUAUGGAGUUAAUACCCAGUAGCUCUUCUGCUGGGACUCGACUGUCACUCUGACUGAAACAUAUCACCUUCACCUAUGGCCAAUCUGGAGAGAAAUAACAAAAUCCUGCUCGAUUUGGUGCGACAGCCGGGUAACAACUUGUGUGCUGACUGUGGAGCUCCUGAGCCUGACUGGGCCUCCUACACUCUGGGUAUCUUUCUGUGCCUGAACUGUUCAGGGAUGCAUCGUAAUAUACCUGCUGUCAGCAGAGUCAAAUCCAUACGUCUGGAUCUCUGGGAUGAUUCACUAGUAGAGUUCAUGCGGGAGAGGGGAAAUUCUGCGGCUAAAGCCAUUUAUGAGAAGUGUGUCCCUGCCUUCUUUUACCGGCCACAACAAACAGACUGCAUUGUUCUUAAGGAUCAGUGGAUCCGUGCGAAGUAUGAAAGAAGAGAAUUCACAGGAGAAAACAACUACUUCCAGCAAGCUUAUUGCUCAGACCAGUUUGAGUCAACACUAUGGAAGAAGGGCAAAGACAACAAGCAGUUUUUAAAGAGGAUCUUCCUGCUGUCCCGGAAAGACUUCACCCUCAGAUACUAUAUUAAAGAGGAUUCCAAGCUUCCCAAAGCUGUCAUCUCCAUGAAGGACCUGAACGCAGUUUUCCAGCCGGAGAAGAUCGGUCACAAUCACGGUCUGCAGAUCUCAUAUGUGCACGAGGAACGCACGAGGAAUCUGUUUGUUUACCACGAGAAAGGACAGGCAAUUGUGUCCUUGUUCAAUGCUAUUCGGGCAACACGCCUGGCAUACCUCCAGAAGAAGCAUCCUACUCUUCGGGAUAAUGACUUAAUACCUCAGCUAACGAAACAUUGCCUGAAGGAAGGGUACAUGGAGAAAACUGGCCCAACGCUUCGGGAGCCAUUUAAGAAGAGGUGGUUCACACUUUGCUCGAUGAACAGAAAGCUUCUAUAUUUUAAAAAUCCACUGGAUGCUACAGAACUGAAGGCUGUCUUCAUCGGCACAGAGAGCCACAGCUACUCUGCUUCAGAGAGCAGCGGGCGUAGCUCGAGGGGAGGCCGGUGGCACAAUGGCAUCACGCUGCACACUCCGGAGAGGCAGUAUGUGUUUAUGUGUGAGCAGGAGCAGGAGCAGAGGGAGUGGCUGGAGGCCUUCAGAAAGGUCAUCGCUCAACCCAUGACCCCAGAGGACUACGCCAAUGAAGCCAACCUGAGAAGGGGGAAAUGACUGGAGCAGCGCUUCCUGCUGGUUUGCAGGAGCUCAGGAUGCACUGAGUAUUGUUUUGGGACAUAACACACUGACAGCCUUACUGUCAAAAGAUGCUCUUGAACCUGUCAGCAGGGAUUGAAGAAAGAAAUGGAGACAAACUCUUUAUUUUGCUGGCAGAACUGCUCGACACCACAGACAAAUGAUCCACUAUAACACUCUGCACAGACUACAGUGUCUGUGAUUACACCUCCUUUGUCACGUUGUCACACCUCGGAGAAGUUUCUGCUACAGCUGGGACGUUGCUGCACAUCUUGAAUUUAUUGCAUCUUCGUUGCCACAAUGACACCACUGCAAAGAAUCCUUUGCAAAACAUUAUGAACACACAAAUAUUGUAUUUAUUUGAAAUAAGGUAAGAAUAAGACAAAAAUGGUUUAUGUUUAAUUUGCAAUUGUUUUGCAGUUUUUUGUAUAUUAUGUUUUACUCAAUUUGCACAUUGUGAACAUAAGAGGUUCUUUUUUUUCCACACACUUUUUUUGCUGUGUAAAUAGUC